GAUCAGAGCGAAUUAGAACCGGAGCGACAGCAAUCCCAUUGAGGAUUAGGCAUAAAUCAGAAAACCCAGGCAGCCUCAGAUCGAAAUAAACCAGAACGCCGGAGUGCACGGGAGAAGGUGGCGGGGGUUGGGAAAUCAUGACACUGAACCACGCCAGACGGCGGGGUAGCCUGCCCCUGAGGCCUGCACCCGCCCACCAGCGCUGGAGUAUUCCUGCGGACGGCCGGCCGCUGUGGAGAGAGAGCGCGUACAUGGUGCGCUCCAGGUCCUGCCUCAGUCCGACUGAACCUUACGGGGGGAGCUGGUCCUCCGUCUCUUCGGACUCCGCCCUCUCCAUCGAUUCCAGCAACAGUCUGUACAGAGUGGUCCUCAUCGGCGAAGCGGGAGUCGGCAAGUCCACAUUGACCAGCAUAUUUGCCGGGUUGCAGCCUAAUCUGGAGAACUGCGACACGUCAGGGGAAGACACCUAUGAGCGAACGAUAACCGUUGACGGUGAGGGCACUACGCUUAUUGUAAUGGACACAUGGGAAAACAAGGAUGAAGACAGCUGGGUGCAGGAUCACUGUAUGCAGAUUGGCGACGCUUAUCUCAUCGUCUACUCCAUCACAGACAGAGCAAGUUUUGAGAAAGCGUCUGAGCUUCGUAUUCAGCUCCGGAGGACGCGGCAGGCUGAGGAUAUUCCAAUUAUACUAGUUGGGAAUAAAUGUGAUCUUGUGCGAUGUCGGGAGGUAUCAGUGGCAGAGGGGCGAUCCUGCGCCGUUGUUUUCGACUGCAAGUUCAUCGAGACCUCAGCUGCAGUUCAGCAUAACGUGCAGGAGCUCUUCGAAGGAAUUGUGCGGCAGGUCAGACUCCGGAGGGACAGCAAGGAAGUGAAUGAUCGGCGGAUGGCCCAGUACAAAAGGCGGGAGAGCUUUCCGAGGAGGGCCCGGCGCUUUUUGGAUAGACUGGUAGCAAAAAACAAUAAAAAGAUGGCUUAUAAAGUUCGAUCAAAAUCUUGCCACGAUCUUUCUGUGCUAUAAAAAAUAUGGAUGGCCAUAGUUAAAAUGGUGACAUCAGACUAUUAUAGUGAAGAGUUUGGUUAAUCGAUCUAUAUUAGAUUAUAUACUUGGACUCGGUUGGUUUACAGUUGUGUCGAAUUUGCGUUGUGACAGAAUUCAUAAGAACACAACUUCUCUGUGAGUAUUGGUCAUAGGACAUUACAUCACGGAAACAGACCAUUCAGCCCAUCUAGCCUGUGCCAAACUGUUUCUCUGCCUAGUCCUUUGACCUUGACCAUUGCCCUCCAUACCCCUCUUAUACAUGUACUCUACCUAUCCAAAUUUCUCUUAAAAUGCUGCAAUUGAACCCACAUGUGCCACUUGUCCUGACAGCUCGUUCCACACUCUCACCACGCUCUGAGUAAAGAAGCUCCCCCUCAUCUUCCCCUGAAACAUUUUACCUUUCACCCUUAACCUAUGACCUCUAGUUGAAGUCCCACCCAACCUCAGUGGAAUAAGCCUACUUCCGUUUACCCUAUCUAUACCCUUCAUAAUUUUGUAUACCCCUAUCAAAUCUCCCCUCUUUCUCCUACUCUGUAGGUGGAUAAGGUGGGUAAGGAAUUUGUUUCAAGGUCUCUCAGGGAUGUUGUCCCUACAUUGAUCUAUAAUUGAUAACCAGUCAUCCUAUCACUCAAACUUGAACAAAUCAAUAUCUUUUACUUGAUCUCCAGUGGCUCAGGUGUAGAACUGGAACGGGAAAUGGGAUGGAUCUUUUAAUUUAACACACAAACAUUCUGACAUGCUGUCCUUCAAAAAUACUCUCCUACAUCUUUGGCUGCAUGUCUAGGGAGGGGUAUGAAGGCUUAUGGUUCAGAUGUGGGUAACAGAUCAGCAUUGACUAGAUGAGCCAAAGGGCCUGUUUAUGUGCUGUAGAGCUAUGACACUCUUCUUCAAAAACACUUUCCAUCUUUGGAUACAUGUCCAUGGAGGAGUAUGAAGACAUACCGCAUGGUCCUGGUGUGGGUAACAGAUCAGCAUGGACUAGAUGGGCUGAAUAACCAGCUUCUGUGGUAGAGCUAUAUGACUCUGUCUCAUUAAUUAUCCAGUUUAUCACUGCUAUCAUUGAAAUUAUAUUCUAUUUAAUGUGUAUGUGGAGUGUAUGAGAUUGAAUUCCACUUAAUAUGAAUGAAUUAUAUUUGUAUGAAGAACUAAUUUGAAUAACCCAGCAUUUUUCUGAACUAUCUCUUUCAAAUAAUUUUUAAUUGUAACUAUCAUAUAUUUUCACAUAGAAUCAUUGAGGCACAGAGCACUACAGCAAAGAAACAGGCCCUUCAGCCCAUCUAGUUCAUGCCAAACUAUUAUUCUGCCUGUAUUUUUAAUAUAUAUUUUUCCAGGAAGGUUUUGUGCAUUUAUUAUAAACAAUUUAACCAAAAGUCUUUUUAGUAUGAUUAAUAUUAUUGUGGACAAAAUUUUGUAUUUAAGAUGGAAUUUUCUGAUUAUAAUCUAUUUUUAAGCAAAAUAAUGUUUAGUUAUUUUAUGAUGAACUUCAAUUUAUAACUUUGUGUACAGUGUGCAGGCUUGUACUUUGAAUCUAUAUUUUUGUGUAUAUUGCAAUAUGCAAGGCUGUUAAAACAGCUGUUUUCCAGUUGGCCUAAUGGGGGCCAACAAGAGAAAUAAAUUCUGAUUUCCCAAAAUACUGUUCAGGAAAUGUAGAGGAGGCUUGACCCAAAUGUAGAGGAACAGAGACAUUUAAGCUAUCACUUUACUAAUAAACUACAAAAUAACAAGCUGCGAGGGGCCACAAAACAAGAAAAAACACAAGUCAACAAGGCUGGAUGGUCCGAUGAGAGAACAGGGACUGCGGAUGAGAGCUGGGUUUCGAUAGGUUGCAGGUGACGAGUUGGAAAUGAGUGGCAGGUGACUCCUGUUAGCUGGGUGGAACUUGGGAGUAGUCUGCCUGUGCAGGUCUGGCAAAUAUUCAGUUUACAGAAUGAUAAUCCCAUUAAAGUUCACUGCUUGUUUGAACUUGCUGCUGAGCUUUUAUUAAGAAUACUUAAUGAGAAUGAAUUUUAUUAGUCACUUAUCCAUUUUGACUUUGCGUUUUCAUAGUGAAGGCUGAAUAACAACACUGAAAAUUAAACAUUUUGCAAUCUUCAAGUCCAAGUUCAAGUUUAUUGUCAUCUGACUGCACAUUUAUACAAUGCUCCUCCGGACCACAGUGCUCCCACAAAACAUGUAUCACACACAGCACAUGAAACAAAAUAUUACCCCAAAUAAGUUAAUAAAGUAUACUUCAAAGAGCAUGUAGUGCGCAGCAGAGGUAAAUGGUAAACAGCUCACUAUCUUAGGGAGGAGACCUCGGCAGUGCAUUCAUUCGUCUCUCAGCCUGAGGGGAGAAGCUGCUUUGAAGUUGGUAAUUGUAUGCAACAGUUGUACAAGAUAAAUCUGGACAUUUGGUGGGAGAUGUUACCAGCUCUGUCCUUUGGUGGUGGAACAACAUUGUUAAUUUAAGGCACAUCCAGAUUUUCUUGCCUCUGCUCUAGGUGAACUUAAUUCAUAUUUUGUCUGAAUACAUACCAUAAUCAGAUAAAUUUAAAUAAGUUUUUGAUUGGUUGGAUAUGAACAGUGUAUGAGUUACAGCCAGCUAAUACUCACUCAGUGGCCACUUUAUUAGGUUCCUCCUUUUGAAAUGAGAGGCAACGUGGAUCAAACUAAGUGCAUAUCUUCAAGUCACCUACACUCAAUGGCCACUUUAUUUGGUACCUCCUGUAUCUAACAAAGUGGCUGCUGAGUGUAUGUUCAUGGUCUCCCUCUGAUGAAGCCCAUCCACUUCAAAGUUCAACAUAUUGUGCAUUCUGAGAUGCUUUUCUGUGCACCACUGUUGUAAGGUGUGGUUACGUAAGUUACUGCCAGCUUGAAACAGUCUUGCCAUUCUCCUCUGACCUCUCAUUAACAAGCUGCUUCACCCACAGGACUGCCACUCACUGGAGUUUAUUUCUGAUUUUCACACCAUUCUCUGUAAACUCUAGAGAUUGUUGUGCAUUAAAAUUCCAGAUCAGCAGUUUCUGUGAUACUCAAACCGCCCUAUCUGGUACCUACAAUCAUUCAAAGUCACUUGGAUCACAUUUCUUCCCCAUUCUGAUGUUUGGUCUGAACAACAACUGAACCUCGUGACCAUGCCUGCAUGCUUUUAUGCAUUGAGUUGCUGCCAAAUGAUUGGCUGGUUAAAUAUUUGCAUUAACGAGCAGGUGUACAGGUGUAAUGAAGUGGCCACUGACUGUAUAAAAGACCGAUGGUGAUUCUGCACAGUAAAGUCAAUCACAAAUCAUUUUGGGAAAUGCAGAAAGAACAACAGUGUUAUUAAAAGCAUUCUGAUGAUUAACAUGACAGAAAAUUCGUGACAGAAAAGAAUGAAGCAGUUGGUUAAUGUAUUGCAGUAAAAAUUUUUGGUGAAAACCACAGAUCAAUUUAUUUGAGAUAAUUCCCUAUUUAUAAUUAUUUUUCAACAUAAUUCUUCACCUGGAAAUACUUAAGUAAAAAUAUGAAGUAUAGGUGUGACUUUGAAUGAAUGUUAUAAUCUAUCUUUGAAACCAGUCACCCAUCCCCCUCCCACAUCCACAUACCUUCCCUCUCACCUGACUUCACCUAUCACCUGCACGUUUGUACUCCUUUUCCCUUUUUUUACUCUCUCCUUGCACUGCUUGUUUAAUUUAAUUUUUAAUUUGUAUACUUCUAAUUGUAAUUUGUACAUUUUAUUGUUACAUAUUGUACUGCUGCCACAAAACAACAAACUUCAGAAUAUAUGCUAGUGGUAUUAAGGGCAUAAGAUAUAGGAGCAGAAUUAGGCCAUUUGGCCCAUCGCGUCUGCUUCACCACUUUCAUCUUGGCUGAUCCAUUUUCCUUCUCAGCCCCAAUCUCCUGCCUCCUCUCCGUAUCCCUUCAUGCCCUGACCAAUCAAGAAUCUUCCAACUUCUGCCUUAAGUAUACCCGAUGAUUUGGCCUCCACAGCCGUCGGUGGCAAUGAAUUCCACAGAUUCACCUGAUUAACACUGAUUCAGAUUCAGAUUUCCCCUCCCCCAACAUUCUGGCCUCUUCCCCCUUCCGUUUCAGUCCUGAUGAAGGGUUUCGGCCUAAAACGUUGACUGUUAAUUCACUUCCUUAGCUGCUGCCUGACCUGCUGAGUUCCUCCAACGUUUUUUGUGUGUGUCACUUAUAACUCUGUUAUGAAACGUUCAAUAUUAACGUGUGAAUUAACACCAGAGAUUCUGUAGAUGCUAGAAAUCCAGAGUAAUACACACAAAUGCUGGAAGAACUCAGCAGGUUAGGCAGCAUCCAUGGAGUGGGGUAAACAGUCGACAUUUUCUUUUUUCCUUUUCCCCUCUCCCUUUUCUCUUCUUCUAUUCCCCACUCUGGCUUCUUUUCUCUUCUCCUCACCUGCCUAUCACCUCCCCGUGGUGCCCCUCCUCUUUCCCUUUCUCCCAUGGUCCACUCUCCUCUCCUAUCACAUUUCUUCUUCAACCCUUUACCUUUUCCAUCUAUCACCUCCCAGCUCUUAACUUCAGUCCUCCUCCCUCACCCACCUGGCUUCGCCUAUCACCUUUGAGCUUGUCUUCCUUCUCCUCCCCCCCCACCUUCUUAUUCUGGCUUAUUCCCCCCACCUUUCCAGUCCUGGUGAAGGGUCUCGCCUGAAAUGUCGACUGUUUAUUCAUUUCCAUAGAUGCUGCCUGACCUGCUGAGUUCCUCCAGCUUCUUGUGUGCGUUGCUCUGGAUCUGCAGAAACUCUGGUGUGUUUUUGAAAUUGGCCCCCUAUUCUGCAGCUCUGAAGUCACAAUUUGUAAAGAAAAUUGUUAAAUCUUAUUUCUCAGGUUCAGGAUCUUCCUCUAAGCGGUGACAUGAUAUAUGUUUAAUAUUUUAUACAGCACUAUUCGAUGACAAAGUAUAUGGUUUAUUGUUUAUACUGGAAUAUUCUUUAAAUCAUUCAAAUAUGCAUUCAA